GACCACGUUUUCCCAUUUCGGUCGGUAGUGGGUGUCGUUUUGCGUUGCAGCCGAAAAUUACCUUAAAAAUACGAUAAUAUUCGUAAAAUUUCGGUUUAAAAAUUGUAGUUAAUAAAAGUUUAAAGUAGGUGUUUCCUGAAAAUAUCGUUAACAGAAGGAAAUCACUCAAAUCAGCCCCACAAUGCCGAAGGUAAGUUCCCGUUCGGGGCCGCCCCGAAAGCUGUCGACCAACAAGUCUGGGCAUUCGAUGAACCCGGAACGGUCGACCGAGGGCCUUAAGGGAGUGGCUAAACCGAGAACCAAAGCCACCAUCAAGCGGCUUCAGAUGUAUCGGAACUUCAAAGCGAAGCGGGAUCGAGACGGGAAGAUUCUUACGCCGGCACCGUUCCAAGGAUGGGUUAACAGUGGAACCGUGGCCAGGGUUGAACCAUCUCCAAAGUGGUUCGCCAAUUCGAGGGUUAUUUCCCAGAAUUCUCUGCAGAAGUUCCAAGAAGAGAUGGGAAAGGUGGUUAAGGAUCCGUACAAGGUGAUCAUGAAAGCUACCAAUCUUCCGAUAACAUUGUUGAAUGAAACGGCUCGGUAUCAACGGGUUCAUUUGCUGGAUACCGAAAGCUUUGAGAACACUUUCGGUUCCAAAAAGCAGAGGAAGCGUCCCUCGUUGAAGGUACGGGACUUGGAGGAUUUGAGCAAAAGUAUUGAGGAAUCGACGGAACGGUAUGACGAGAGUAAAGAUCGUGACUUGGAUCGGGAGGAUAUCGAUGGGGUUAAAGAUCAGGUUCGAGAUUGGGUUUUCGCUGCCGGGCAGAGUAAACGUAUCUGGAACGAGCUGCAUAAGGUUAUCGAUUCGGCUGAUGUGCUGCUUCAGGUUUUGGACGCUCGAGAUCCCAUGGGCACUAGAUCUAAAUAUAUCGAAGGUUUCCUGCGUAAGGAAAAGCCCCACAAGCAUCUGUUCUUCAUUCUAAACAAGGUGGAUCUGGUACCGAUUUGGGUGACCCAAAGAUGGGUGGCUAUUUUGAGCAAGGAAUAUCCGACCAUCGCUUUCCACGCCUCGCUGACUCAUCCUUUCGGCAAAGGGGCCUUGAUCAAUUUGCUGAGACAGAUCGGAAAACUGCACGUCGAUAAAAAGCAGAUAAGUGUUGGAUUCAUCGGUUAUCCGAAUGUUGGAAAAUCUUCGGUUAUUAACGCCUUACGAAGCAAAAAAGUCUGUAAAGUAGCCCCGAUCGCCGGUGAGACAAAAGUUUGGCAGUACAUUACCCUGAUGAAACGGAUCUUCCUGAUAGAUUGUCCCGGUGUGGUUUAUCCGACAGCCGAAACCGACACCGAAAAAGUUCUGAAAGGUGUCGUUCGAGUCGAGCUUGUUAACAACCCAGAAGACUACAUCGAAGAGGUGCUUCGUCGAAUUCGUCCCGAGUACAUGAUCAAAACUUACGGCGUCUCUGAAUGGACCUCACACAUCGAUUUCCUGGAACAGGUGGCCCGGAAAGCUGGUAAACUACUGAAAAAAGGUGAACCAGAUGUGCCAACGGUCGCAAAAAUGGUUCUCAACGAUUGGCAACGAGGUCGGCUACCAUUCUAUGUGGCACCGGAAGGAUUUGAGCUGCCAAAAUCGGUUCUGGAGGCCGAGGCAGCUGCUGCCGCAACCGAAAAGCAGGACGAAGAUCAAAAGAGCUCUUAUUCGGGUGUCACAGCAACUCCAACCAUUCCCGAUUCAAUCAAGAAGGGCAAGGAGCUAUUCCAAAUUCAGGACUUCCGCAAGAUUAAGGUCAACUUGGAAUUCGAAAACGAUGACGUUCGAGAAAUCGACAAAAUCGAUUUGGAACUGUUGGAAAAAUUGAAAGAAGAGAAGAAGGCCGAAAUCAAAAAGAGGAAGCAAAGCAAAACCGGGGAAGGCAAAAAAGAGGACGACGAAGAUUCGUCCGGUAUUUCCGAUUUCUACUCGGAAGACGAGUACGAUGAGGAAAGUGGAAAAGUCGUACACAAGAGUGCCAAACAGCAAAAGGCGGCAACCGAAACCGGUGACGGCGCCAAUGAAAAACAGCAGAAGCUUAAGAGUGCCAGUGGAAACUUUGUGGUGGAAGAUGAAGAAGAAAUUGCUAAGACAGCCGUCAAGAAAACGAAGCUGACGGCCAAACAGAAGCGAGCAAUCGAACGGGCCGGUAAGCGGAAGAAGAUCGGAAGCAAUUUCUACGAAACGCACAACGUUAAGAACCGGAAUCGGAACAAAAAACCGAAGGCGCCUUGAGGAGGGUUGGACGACGAAGGAAAGAAAAAAAUAUAUUCUAAAAAAUUUAAAGGUAAAUAAAACUAUUAAGUUUA